CCAUUAUAUUCAAAUUAGAAGUGCGCCACCGUUUGAAAAGGUCAUAUCCGCCGUUCAGUUUCUUGUCAAAUGUCGUAUUUGUCAAGUUUCUCUUAUUUCAUUGUGGUUUCAAACCAGCAGAUAUGUCUCGAACAUAUCGCAGCAAGCACGAGGCAGACGAAUUUGCCGAAUCCGUGAAGAAAAGAGCCAAAAAUCCGCAAGAGGUCCAGCUGAAGGGCUAUCACAUUGCCUCCCUCUAUUGUGAGGUUCAUGAGUACAAGUCGGCUCUUCCCUAUGCUGAAAGCUACACGGCUCUCAAGGUUGCCGAUCCCAGGGGUUGGAAGCUACUGGGCUAUGUCUACGAGUCCUUGAAGAACCCUGCUAAGGCCAUCCAGUGCUACCGUCGAUCGCUGGAGCUCAAUGAUUACCAGAAGGAACUGGUGCUCAAAGUUGCUGAGCUCUACUGUGAAGUGCAAUUUGAAGCAGAGAAACAUCGCUACUGGGUGGAGAGAGCUGAAAAGUAUUUUCCAAAUCAUCGCACCAUCUACAAAAUCAGGGAACACAUUCUACGUUCGAGCAAGAAUCUUCGAGAAUAUGAAAAAUAUCUCAGAGACAAACUGCACUCCAACCAAAAUGACAUCUACCUGAACAUCAAGCUGAUCGAUAUCCUCUUGGAAACCAAUCAGAUGAGAGAGGGCUACCAGCACUGUUCUACCAUCGGUGAUGGCCGUUGCUUUGACUCAGAGGCAAGAUGGUGGCAGAAGGCAGCAGUCUUCUACAAGACCAUGAUUAACAAGAAGAGCGGUCAGCCCGACAGUGUCAUGGUCCAGGUCUACAGCCGUCUGCUGCUUGCGGUCAAUACCCUGAUCAGCCUGGGGCUAGCCAAUAGCUCGGCUCCACCCAGUCACAACCUCUCUCAGAUUCAAGCAUUGGACAAAAUGCUGCUUCAGACCGGUGACUUCAUGCCGACCGUCGGGAAUGCCCUGCAGCGCCCUCAAGGGGAUGCCGUGGUACAGGAGGUCAAAGGUCAACUCUUCUUCCAUCUCGCCACUCUCUAUCUAAAGAUGGCAGUUGUGGGUUCCGUAUCACUAUCUGACGUGGUAGAGAUGGCCGCAGCCUGCUACUUGGUGAGCCUCCAGGUGGCGCCCUUCAGUCCCGUCACGGAGCUGCCCUUGAAGACUGAACGCAUGGAUGGACUCUCCCGUAGACUGAAACGACUCGGGGCAGAGAGGUUGAGUGAAGUCUGUCACAUGCUGAAUGGACUGGUGAAGAAGCACGACGAGGAUUGGCUGGAAGCAUGUCGAACUAGAUUCUGCACCAAACAGGGUCGGCAGAGGCUGUUUGAGCAACUCUAUGGAAUCCAGAAUCCUGAUCCAAGGCAAUCCUUUCUCAUGAUGGAUGAGGUGUUCCUACAAACAACUGCAGUUCAGAUCCCAGACAUGGUUAACACUGUCCUCAAAUAUGACAAAGCUUCCAUCGAGGGAGGAACCACCAACCUCCAGCGUCUGGUGUGGCUUGGACUCCAGUGGAACGUUCGCCAGGACGACAUCCUACCCGACCUGGGGUCGUUCGUAGAGGUGACCUUUGACCGUCUGGUGAUCAGCGCAAGGAACCUUGAUAACACCUCCGUCGAUAACCUGUGCAUACUGGAUCUAGAGGCAUUCCUGUAUGCCAGCAUCUUCAUCGCCCGAGCCCAGCUACGCAACCUGCAUCAGCAGGGAUUGGCCGGUUUGAAUAUUCCUGUCGCCCUAUUGGUCAACUGUUACUCCGAGGAGCAGCUCGACUGGUACAUGUCCGUCUAUCAACUCUACAGCGGAAAGGCAAAGCCGGUGGACCUGGGCAAGUUUCGUUUGACGGCCAAGAAGGGUCUUGAGGUACUGAGAUGCCAGAAGAAUCACGGAAUGGAGACUCAGCUACUCGUGGAGCUAGGAAGAACAUUCUAUGCCAGGGUGGAAGAGCUGAGGAAAGAUUCUCGUGACCCUAACGACCGCCGUGAUCGUCGUGAGGCAUACCAAGCUAUGAGUGUUCUCUACUGGGAAGCUGCCUUGGAUCACCUCAAGAUGAUGGCCAGUAAUCGAGCAGUUUCACACCCCAAGAAGCCAAUGUUUUCACAUGUGCACAAGCCAUUCGAGGAUGGCCUGGUGGCUAAGUUGCUGGAUGAGGGUGCUGUAGUGAUCGCAGAUUCCCUGUUUGAGAAAGGUCAACACCAGGUGGCGCUAUCCAACCUAGCCAAAGCAAAAACACCCAAGGCUCUCUUCUCAAAAGCAAUGAUGCUCCAUGUGUUGGCGUCUAUGGAGACAGAGGGGAAACCCCUUGAUAAGAUCACAGUGGACACGCUGAAGAAGCAAGGAGAUCUCCUAGACCAGUCCAAACACACACUCUAUCUUUCGAUGGACAGCAUCGAAAUGGAACCAAGAAAUCCGCUUCACGAGGAAGUCCAGACUCUCCUGGAGGAGAUCGAGGCGGAGCAGGCCUCCAUCCUGGAGCAGAUAUCCGCCCUGGAGGCGAACAACAAUCCAGACAUCUCCAACCUCUCCUCUAUCAGACACUCCUUCCUUCACGAGAGCACCCGCGGCUCCUCCAGGGGCAGGACGCCCUCGCGUGACUACGAAACGCCAUUCAGGGAAUCGAUGCAGAGAGACAACAGGACCCUGUCGCAGUCUCAGUACUCUGAACCGCUGAGCCCUGACCCUAGCCCACGUCGCCUGGCAGCAGAGGUUAGAGCCCUCAACCUGUCUCAUUCGCACAUCCUCGAUCAAAAUCAAAGACUGAUGAAGAGAGAAGAUAAACUCAUGGAAUCGAAUGCUGAACUCAUGAAACAAGUCCUUCAACUCACUAAAGACCUUCAAGAGAUCAAGCUUCAACAAGCCAAAGCUCUCAACCAGGCCCCCGCUCCACCGGCCCCUGCUGCACCGGCCCCUGCCACACCAGCCAACCAGGGUGUGACUGGGACCCCAUCAACAGCUCCUCAAGCCACUUCCUCCCCUCAGCUGCCCCAGCAAGCACCCCAGCAACCUCCUCCCCAACAACCUCAGCCUCAGCAGCCUCAGCACCCGCUGGCUUCCAGACAAACUGCAAGUCCAAGCAUGCAGCAGCAGACUCCAAACCGCACCCUCUACCAGCCACACCCUGCCUACCUCCCCAUGGAAGGGGGGGCAUACUACCCGCCCCACAUGGUCCCGCCCUCCCCCAUGGGCGCAGCAGGUACCCCGCAACAGGCCUGGUACCCCUCAGCUUACGGCAUGCCCUCGCCGAUGCACAACGCCGCCUACUACACCCAGCAGCAAGGUUACGCAAUGCCGACUUACGACCGUGGUACCAUGUCUCCUGGUAUGAUGGCGUCGACGCCCAGGAGCAAUGGGCGUGGACCGUUGGAGAGCCUCUACGGGAUGUAUUCCUCCAUUGGUGCUUCUCCAGAGGAGAAAGGCACCCCCGAACAGCUUGCCGCUUUACAGAGCCUAAAGCAGCAGCAGCAGCAGCAAGAAACGUCUGCAACUGCAGCCUACAACCAGCGUCUCAUAGUGUCUGGAGGAGCAGGAGCAGCGUGCAUCCAGGGGACUUCCCCUCAUAGCAUCCAGGGGGCUUCCCCUCAGAAGCCAGGCCCAGAUAUGGAAGAGAAGGGCAUGCUAGGGAGGGCCAGUGGGACCCCGACCUCGGCUGACAAGCCUGUCAUGUUCAAAGGUGGUUCAAUUACCAGUGGAAUGCCAUCCAAGUCUCAUGGUGUAGUUCCCCCAGCCAUGUUCUCACCAGGCUCCCCAUCCCCCUCGGCUGCAGCCAGACCUACCCCUGCAGCCCCCGCCCAGGUGCCCAACAGGGGCUUCAUCAGCACCCCUGAGAGGGGCAUCGAAAACGUGACUCCGCCCGUGGUGGCCACACCGGGCCUGAGCCACUUUGCAGGGACACCAACCAAACCCCUGGGCACAGCGGAACCAAGCAAAGCGAGUCUCCAGCCCCUGGGGAUGGCUAAUCAGAAUAUGCCCGACAGACAGAGGCUGACUAUGAUGGCAGCUGCUGCUGCUACGGGAGGGGGUUCCCCUUCCCCUGCUUCACUUCAUACUUCUGCACCACCUCAGCCAAAGACACAGUUCACAGGAUUUACUCCCAGCCCUGCUUCUGCCGCCUCGAAACCAAGUCCAGCCUUCGGCAGCUUCUCCUUCUCACCAAGCACUGUCAAACCAGCACCCUCUAUAGCCCAGCCAGCCACCACUUCCUCCUCUGCAUCCCCGUUCACUGGCUUCUCCUUCGGCAUGUCCACCACGUCUGCUCCGUCAACAUCCACCUUAUCAACAGCGGGUGUCUUCAAGCCUGCAGGACCUUCAAAGGCCACUCUCCAGCCUGCAGCAGCAGCAGGAGGAUCACCAGUGGUCUUCGGCAAGCCUAACCCUAGCCAAGAGACGGCAAGGUCCGCGUCACCGGUGUAUCCAGGGUUCUUUUCCUCUCCGAAGGCGGACCAGACGGUACCAUCCUCAAGGAAGCCGGGACAGAGUCCUCUGGCCAAGGAGGCUGCAUCGCCCAAAGUAGCAGACACACCCAAGUCCGUAUCCUUCAAAUCAGAGGGUGAAGACGAUGAUGUAAUCUUCGUCUCCAUGACCCAGCCAACUCCUGGGCAGCGUGCUAGAGCUGAGAAACUCAAGCUCCCUGGUGGUUUCUAUCUCUACGAGAAUGCCCCUCCCUGCAAGGGGUGCAUUGGAUGUAUCGAAGACCUUGAUUUAGAUUCGCUUUUUCAGAAAGGACCGGCAGUCAGACCGAAAGAAUCAACUUCAUCCGCAUUUGGAGCAACUGGAGGAAGCUUGCCUAUAAGUUCACCAGGGGGAAGCAUGUUUGGAGGUGGUGACGUAGAAGGAGGAAUGUCAUUUGCGACUUUAGCAGCCCACCAAACAGACGGAUUUGAACAGCCUUUCGGCAAAAAAGCAUCUGACAAACCAUUCGCCUUUGCCCACACCGGGGCCCCCGUCUUCGGAGGUGGCGGUGUUUCCCAUGGCAACGAUGACAACGAUGACUCAAACGGUGGCGGUGAGGAGUACGACCCCCACUACGAGCCCAUCGUGUCGCUCCCUGACAUCGGCAGUAUCAGCACCGGGGAGGAGGAUGAAGCGGAGAUGUUCCGCCAUAGGGCCAAGCUCUAUCGAUAUGAUCGCGACAACAAGGCGUGGAAGGAGCGCGGCGUCGGAGACAUCAAGGUCUUGAGGAACCCCAAGACUGGCAAUGCUCGCAUUCUCAUGAGGAGGGAUCAGAUCUUAAAGCUUUGUGCCAACCACUGGAUCACAGCAGACAUGGUCCUCAAGCCGAUGAUGGCUUCGGAGACUGCGUGGAUCUGGUUCGCCGUGGACUUCUCAGAGGAGGAGGCCAAGACCGAGCAGCUGGCUGUCAAGUUCAAGCACGUCGAGGAUGCCAAGCGCUUCAAGGAGUGUUUCCUUGAGGCUCAGGAACUACUAGGGGUCAAGGAAGAAAAGGAGGAGGAGGAGGAGGAAGAAGAAGAGGAGGUCGUCAGUAAGACCACCGAGAGCAGGUCCCUUAGAGCAUCGGAAGCUAACCCACAGCUUACAAGCCUUCUUAUGGGAAACAAUCAACUCUCAAUGGGGAAAGGGUCAUCAGCCAGUCUUGCAGCAAAGUUUGCCAAUAAACCUGGUUCAUGGGACUGCGAUGCCUGUUACUGUAACAAUGCAGCUGAGUCUUCUGCCUGCGUAGCAUGUACCGCACCAAAGCCAGGUACAGAUCCCAAACCAUCUACCGGCGCUGUCGGUGGUGCCUUUGCUUCUCCAGCGGGUUUAACCUUUGGUGCUAAGCCAAGCGGUGCAAGUACUGGAUUUGGCUUUGGAAGUCCUCCAACCACCGGAAGUACCACUGGUAGUGGCGUCGCCUUCAAGACACCUGCUGGGUUCAGCUUGUCUGGAAGUUCUUCCGCCUCGAAAGGUGCCACCCCUGACUCAACAACGACUGAUGGUGCUGCACCGUCAAGUGUAGCAUUCAAGGUUCCUGCAGGGUUCAGCCUCUCAUCUAAGUCGGCACCUUCAACCGGAUCCGUCUUUGGAGAAAAGAAGGACGACACCCAGAAGCCAAAAGAGAAUGACGGUGCCACUAAGACACCUUCAACAGGCUUUGCGUUUUGUGCCGCCGAUAACAACGAGGCGGCACCAUCAACUUCUGCCGGUGCAACCACUCCAGGCGGUACCUUGGUCACAGACAAGUUCACCUUUGGUAAACACAUGCCUCAGUUCUCCUUUGGUAGCAAGGAUAAAUCCAAGCCUGAUGCAGGGUUCGCCUUCGGUAAACCAGAUGCACCAGACGCGGGUGAAACCAAGGAAGGGUACCCAUUCUCAAGUGCCCUGAAGUCUUUGAGCUCUGAUGCUGAUGCAGACGCCUCAUCAUCUGCCUCAUCCUCUACACCCAGCAAACCUGCUCUGUCCUUCACCGACAUAGCCAAGUCUCAGGGUUCGUCCUUCACCUUCCGUAUGGACCUCAACGCGGUGACUGCCAAGAGCCCCAUCAAGUCCCCUGGAGGAGCCAAGUCUCCGGGCGUGGGAAGGUCUCCGAAGACCUCCUUCUCCAGGGGAGGUAGGACGCUGUCUGGAGGCUCCGUCGACGAGGUGGAGCAGGUGGAAGAUAUCUACUUUGAGCCCAUCUUCCAGAUGCCGGAUGAUUACGAAGUCAAGACGGGAGAGGAAGGAGAAGAAGUAAAGUUCAGUCACCGAGCCAAGUUAUACCGUUACGAUGGUGAAGCAAAGGCAUGGAAGGAGAGAGGUGUGGGAGACAUCAAGGUUCUCUACAACGCUCAAGAUCAUGCCUAUAGGAUCGUUAUGAGGAGAGAACAGGUGUUCAAAGUGUGUGCAAACCACUUCAUCACCUCCCACAUAGAGCUUUGCCCUAACUCUGGCUCUGACCGUUCAUGGGUGUGGUCAGCAAUGGACGCUUCGGAAGGAACGGUCCAGAACGAACAGCUGGCCGUCCGCUUCAAGACGGCAGACACGGCCAAAGAGUUCAAGGAGGCUGUCGACAAGGCCAAAGAAGAUUUAGAGAAGGGUGGAGGAAAGGAAACAAAGACUGAUGGCGCAGACUCUAAAAGUGCCGAGCCGGUAGUCAGGUCAUGUGAUCCUAACCUCUCGUCUGUUCUAGCUGAAGCUAUCAAGGCAUCGUCGGAACCCAACGCUGCAACCUCAACCAUUCAAUCAAUCGGUGGCGAAGUGAACCCAGAGGAAGAGCGAGACAUCCACUUCCAGCCGAUCGUCAAACUCCCAGACAACGUGGACAUCGUCACAGGGGAGGAGCACGAGGUGGCCGCGUUCGUUGGGCGUGGCAAGCUCUACCGGUUUGAUGGAGGGGUGCGGCAGUGGAAGGAGAGGGGCGUCGGUGAUAUGAAGAUCAUGAAGGAGGAGGAGACGGAUGUUUAUCGUAUCGUCAUGAGAAGAGAUCAGAUACACAAGGUGUGUGCCAACCACUACAUCACUAGUUCCAUGGCUCUGCACCCGAUGGCCGGGUCAGACCGCGCCUGGGUGUGGCAUGCCAUGGACGCAGCCGAUGGAGAACCGACCUCGGAGCAGUUAGCCAUCAAGUUCAAAGAUCCAUCCAUUGCUGCAUCCUUCAAGGAGAUGUUUGAGGAAGCCCAGACCAAGAUCGGACUCCAAGAAGCCGCUGGUGAUGAUGAUGGACAGACUGGGAGCCAGGAGGAGGGAGGAGCUACAGCAUCAUCAUCGUCUACCAGUCAUGCGGGAGACGGCAACAAAGAUCAACUGGAACUGAAGAAGGAAAAUGAGGAAGAAGAAGAAGAAGAAGAAGAAGAAGAGGAAGAAGAAGAUGAGGAGGAAUAUGAUGAUGAAGAGGGCGAUUAUGAAGAUGAAAGUGAGGAGGAGGAGGAAGACGAGGAUGAGGUUUACGAGUACGGUGAGGAUGAUAAUGACAACGAUGAAAGCAAAUCGGAAACCCAGUGAGCUUCUUUGUUUGCUUGCUUGGAGACAAACUCAACAGCAGCGAUAACUCUGAUGGACCACGGACAUCAUCACCCUCAUCGACAUCGACAUCGUCCACCAAUAAUGCCAGAGAAGAUAGAAUUAGAGGCAUUUAGUGAAAGAUGCGUAGUCAACAAACAAUAUGCAUCCAUAGAUGUUUAUGUUUUCUAUACCCUAUUUUGUAUUUCAUUCCUAAGGGGGUUUUUUUUAAUGGAUCUACCCCAAGUGGAAAAUUUCAUGGAAUGAUUAACCUUUUUUUUAUAGCAUUUGUUGUUGAAUUGACAUGAAAAUUUAGUAUUUAGAGGAAAUUCUAGCAAUUAUGGCUGACAUGGAGCUCACUGGUGUAAUGUUCCAAGUUAUGAUUGAAAGUGAAUGGGAGAUACAGGUACUUUGUUUAAAUUCUCAUACCGUUGAAACGGUUAUUAAAGGAUGCUAUAGAGAUUGUCAAGUAACAAUGUAAAAGUCUAGUUGCGCCCUUCAGAUGAAGAUCAUUAAGCCUUCUUCUCACAAAACAUUGUAAACUGUUUGAAUAUAAAAAGUGCUGUACGAAACUUGAAACUUGUGCAAACAAGUGGCAGGUAGCAGUGAACAAAAAAUCUUGCUGCACGCGCUUUAGCAAUUCAGGGAAUUUAUGGGAUAAAGAAAUGUGAAGAGCACUACUCUUGUGCCAUUAAAUUUUGCCAUGUCAUUUCUUGUUGAGGAGUGGGUUGGCAGUUCACAAUGUUGUGUAGAAUCAUGGCUGAAGAAAUUAAACAAACGCUUUACACAUUCCUAUAAGAAAUGAUCACUGGCAACCGAUGUAUGGUGUGGCCUGCAACACAAAUAACUACUUUUACUACAUAAGACAAUGCUUAUAGGUACAGUGGAUUGACAAUUAUAUACUAAAUUAGUGGAAAGUUGGGUAUGCAGUUGAAGAGAGUUGAGUUCUUUCCUGCGUAUCAUCAGUUUGGAGCCAGAGGGGCGGUAACUCCUACACUUUGACACGGAGUUCAAGCCCUUCUGGCUCUGAACAGAGGAUGCCAUUACUGAAGAUAAUUUGAAUUUUGUUAAUAAGUGUGUCUCAAAAUACUGAGUUGAUGAGAUUUUAGGCAAGUUGGAGGCUUUCCUUUGUCACUUUCCUACCUUUUCAGGAGCAUACAUGUAGAUAAUGAAAAUAAUUCAAAUAUAUGUUAUGAAUUCAAUGAUUAAUAACAGUCAAGAUAAUCUAAGAUCCUUUAUUUUCCAACUUAAUUUCAACCAUUACUCUCUCUUUGUCGUCUUGUAUGAAAAUCAUGUGGAUUGCAUACUGACAGUGUAUUUCUCUCUAUUUCUUUCAUCAAAUUAUUAAGUAAUGCUACCACUAUGCCUAGGCUAUUUAUCCUGUAGUCCCAUGCACUUAUUAUUAUGUCGCAUGGAGAGUAAACGUUUUCGACGAUGGUGUUUCCUACUAAAAUGUAUCAGAGGUUUAAGGACUUACAAAAGAGGCAAGUGUUUAAUAUAAACCAGAUGAUGAUCUUUUUUGCUAUGUACAAUCGUUCUCCCAUGAAAACAUGAAAUGAUUAUAGUUUUUGUUUCGAUUAACCUUUUUUUUAUGGUAUAGUGCUUUCCAUAUUGUUUUAUUUUUUGGUGUAUAUGUCCUCGUCAAAGAAUUUUGUGUCCUGUGUUAAUGUUGUAAAGAAAGCCUAGUAAGCCUUCCAUUAUCAAAUAUUUGGAUGUAAUUUUUAAAGUAAGAACACGCCUUAUUGUUGAUUCAUUUUAGCGUAUAAUAAAAUAUUGAGUUGAUGCUUGUA